AUGGCCACGCAAACUGCACUCGAGGAGACUAAAGUGAUUCUUCAUCAGUUUCCAAGGCCCACUGCCAGUUUUCCGGUCGCCAACAUGUCCCCUUUCUGCCUCAAACUUGAGUGCUUUUUACGUAUGGCUAAAAUUCCCUACGAGAUAGACACUUCGCUCGUGUUUUCUAGCAAAAGAAAGUUUCCCUGGAUCGAGUACAAGAGCACAAAGAUGGCGGACUCGCAGUUUUGCAUCGAGUACUUGAGUCAGGAGUUCGGUGUUGACUUGGACAGCGGCCUCUCUCCCGAGCAAAACGCUGUCUCUACGUCACUCAGAGUAAUGCUAGAGGAGAAUACAUUCUGGGUGUUGUUGAAGUAUCGCUGGUUUGAUCCCGAAUUCAGCCCAAAACUGUGCGAAGAGAUACUGUUUCGAGUCCCUGGCGUUUUACGCACUUUAGCCUUCUGGAAAAUUCAGCGUCAGUUGAGGUCUGCAUUGUACGGCCAUGGAAUGGGUCGCCACACAGACGAGGAAAUAAACAGUCUGGCCGAAAGGGACCUGGGAGCCAUCUCUGAUUACCUGGGUUCUAAGAAGUUCCUGUUCGGAGACACCCCAUGUCUCUGUGACGCUGCUGUGUUCUCGUUUGUUGUGAACUUCACGUGGGCAAUGCCGGGGUGCCCUCAGGAUAAAGUGAUCAAAGAGAGAAUGAAGAAUUUAUUAGAGCACGCAGAGCGAAUGAAGGAAGCUUAUUUUCCAGACUGGGACCAACUUAUACGGAAGGAAUGA